AUGCAGCGCCAGGCAAGGAUCUUAUUGAUUGGAGGUGGGGGGAUUGGUACUAUUGUCGCAUUGAAUCUCGAACGCGGGGCCAAAGCCAGAGUCUCAGCCGUCCUGCGAUCGAAUUUCGAAACUGUCACACGGUUUGGGUAUACGAUCCAUUCUGUUGACCAUGGAACAUUGAGUGGUUUCAGACCAGGCGAGAUUCUCAGCGCCAUCCCAACAGUCUCCGACGGCGUGGAGCCAUUUGACUAUAUAAUCUGUACCAUGAAAAAUACCCCGGAUGUUACGAAACCAAGCCUACCGGAAUUGAUUAGGCCGGCCGUGACGACGGGGCGCUCGACAAUCGUCCUGGUACAGAACGGGCUGGGGAUCCAGGAUACCAUGAUGGAAGCGUUCCCGUCCAACGUGGUUUUAUCUGGAAUUAGCUUAUGUGGGUCCACGGAGAGCAGCCCAGGAGUGAUACAUCAGAUUGUCCCUGACGAGCUUCUUGUCGGUCCCUUCCCGGCAACACACCGACCGGACAUGCAGCAGUACGAGGAAAGGGCUAUUGCAUCAGCUACUGAUUUCGUGGCUAGAUAUAGCGCAUCGGGUAAGACUUCUUGCCAUUUUGACGCAAACGUGCCCAUGUCACGUUGGAAGAAAUUGGUAUACAACGCAACAAUCAACCCCAUUUGUGCCCUCACUGGGCUCGACGCAGGUGAAAUACGCAUCUGCCCCGGCCUUUUGGAUCACCUAGUCAGACCUGCAAUGCGUGAAAUUCUUAUCCUUGCCAAUGCACAUGGUUAUGUUCUACCAGACGAACUCAUGGAUGAGAUGAUUGAGGGCGAUCCGAUAGAACUACAUGUGGAGCCAAGUAUGCUGGUUGAUAAACAAAGGACUCAAUAUCUAGAGGUGGAAACCCUUCUUGGAGCACCAAUACGCGCUGGGCGAUCAUUGAACAUUGAGACCCCGAUCUUGAAUAUGUUGUAUUAUCUCUGCAAAGGCAUUCAGUAUAAGACGCAGAGAAUGAUUUCAGAAAGGGAUAAAAAUUAA